AUGCCGGUACAGGUCGGAGGGAGCAAGGAGGCGGACCCCAGGGCGGCCAGGGUGCUGGACCUCUCGCCCACCGCCGUCGUCGGCGACAAGGCCCGCGCCUCCUCCAAGAAGAACCGCCGCCGCCACAAGAAGGCCUCCUCCCCCGCCGACGCCGCCGCAUCUUCCAUCUCGCCCAUGCAGAGGCUCUUCGACACCAGCAGGGAGGUCUUCGCCAACUCCUACCCGGGCUUCGUCCCGCCGCCGGACGCCGUCGCGCGCCUCUCGGGCCUCCUCAAUGAGCUGAAACCACGUGAUGUUCGGGUUGCCCCAAGUAUGUCCGUCUUCAAGCAUGCCGAUCCUAAAAGCCCCCCUCCAGUUACUUAUUUGCAUUUCUAUGAUUCCUCUGAGUUCUCGUUUGGUAUCUUCUGUUUACCGAAAUCAGCAGUUAUUCCCCUUCACAACCAUCCUGGGAUGACAGUGUUUAGCAAGAUACUAUUUGGUUCCAUGCACCUCAAGUCAUAUGAUUGGGCUAAAAGUCUGCCGGAUAGUAACGAUAAUGCACUUCAGAACUCUGAUGGAGCUCGUCUGGCCAGGGUAAACACAGAUGCUGUUUUUGACGCUUCAUCUGAGACUGUAGUUCUGUACCCUGAAAAUGGAGGGAAUUUGCACUGUUUUACGGCAUUGACCCCUUGUGCCGUGCUGGAUGUGAUGGGCCCCCCCUACAACCGUGAUGAGGGAAGGGAUUGCGAGUAUUACAGUGAAUCACUGUACUCAGGUUCAUGUGGUGGUGAUGAACAAUUUUCUUGGCUGAAAGAGGUUCAUAGCACAUUUGAGAUGCAAGGCAUAAAGAUGGAGCAGAACUUCGUCCUCUAA